AUGGAUAGAAAUGAACCCCAAAGCAAUUACAACGAAGACAUCUCGUCCUUAAUAGAGUUAUCCACUUUUCCCGAAGAAUUACUAAGAUUAAUAUUUUCAUUCUUGCCAGCUAACGUAGUUUAUGAAAAGAUACUAGGAGCAGGUGAUUGGGAUCAAUUACAACUUCUGCACGUUCAACUAGUUGCGUUCAGAUUCAUAUUCCAGAAAUCACUUCUAAUCCGAAGUAGAAACAGUGAGAGGGUUGGGUUUUUUAGAAUUGUAUAUCCAAAUAAUGAAGAUGAAAAAUCUAUGGGUUGUCACGGAUUCCAAGAAGGAUAUCAGUUGAUGCGAAAAUUGAUCAAUUUUAAUUUCAAAUUGGAUUCACCAGUUUUCCCUAAGGAUAUAACGCUAUUGUUUAGGUUUAGGGAUCGAAUGAAAGAAGCACCACCACACGAAGUAGACGACUUAGACGCAGAAAUCGAGUACUUCAUUAUGAUCUUGGAGUUGCUUACAUUUGAUAAUUUUUACAAGGAUCGAAUAAAGUCCGUCAACUUCCAUUUGAUUUAUGAUACAGCGCCUACACCUAGUUUAAUGUUAAAUCAAAGUAAAAUCAUGCAGAAAAUAGAGAUGUUAAGCAGAAAAUCAACCAAAAUUGUAAUUUACAAUCGAAACAAGGUAAAAUGGGCCAUUGGAUUAAACCCUUUCCAGUUAGACAGAUUGCAAGAGUUAUAUCUCUGGAAUAAUGGAUUUAAUGAUUUUAACAUUGUAAAUUAUUUCCAUGGAAUGUCUCCUCAUUUGAAAAUCCUUCAUCUAACUGGAAAUGAUAUCACAAGUUUGCGCGGACUAAUUAUUCCUUCUACAUUAGAACAAUUCAUCAUUACUGCCAAUAAUAUAACCAGUUUAGAAGGACCUAACUUCCAAGAUGCACCAAAUUUACGAAUUUUUGAUGCUUCUAUAAAUGCAGUAACAGAAAUAACAAACAAGGUAAAAUUUAGUAACAACCUCAAGAUAUUUCGAAUACCAUACAACAGAAUUCAGAGUUUUAGGAACUUUGAAAUACCAAAUAAAUUACAAACUCUUUCUUUAUCAAAGAAUUUAUUAACUGGGGUUGACUAUAUUCGCUUACCAGCAACACUAAUUGAAUUGUUUUUGAAUGGAAAUUAUUUUAAAAGUUUGCCUGAUUCUUUUUUCUAUACAUGUGAAAACUUGACAAAGUUGAAUUUGUCAGACAAUCUAAUUGAUGAUCUUGAUGAUUUGGGAAAUUUACCGUCCAACUUGGAAGAGUUAAUAUUGGACAAUAACGAGAUUGACAACAAUGAUUUGACAAAUAUUCUUUGUUUGAAUAAAUUAAAAACACUUUCAAUGAUUUCAAAUGGUUUAAUGUCAAUUAACGGGAAUCAAUUCCCCAAAACUUUACAAGUUUUGAAAUUAGAUAAAAACGAACUUAGUGAGUUGAUAAAUAUUGAUUUUGGUGACAAUUUGUGCAAGCUAAGUUUAUCAGGCAACAAUUUGAAUAAAUUUAAUAUUGAGCAAUAUAAAUUAAAAUUUCCACCAACGUUACGAUUUAUUGAUCUAAGCUACAAUCCAUUGGAAGAUGUUGGCUCGUUGUUUAUUCCUGAUUCGGCAAGGGUAUUGCGUCUCAAUGGUAUCAAUAUUCCAUUUAAUAAUCACUUUUUGUCGCAUCUUCCAAAAGGAAUACAAGAACUAGAGCUAAAUCAUACUGGAAAUAUCCAACAUUAUCCUUGUUUGGAUUUUGCUACCCACCUACCUAAUUUGAAAUCAAUUAGUAUGGAAAGGAAUCAUAUAGUUUCAAUGGAACAAAUGAAAUUCCCAUUUACCCUCGAAAGACUUAGUUUAGAAGGUAACUUGCUCAGCAAAAUACCGUUUGGGUUGAUCCCAUCCAGUAGCAAAUAUUUGCAAUUCAACAAUAACAAAAUCAGCAUAGAGAGAUUGAAAUUGCCAAAACUUCCCCAGUUGGAGUAUUUUGGUGUUUGUGGAGAUCAAACCAACUUAAUCCGGCAGCAAAUAUAA